UAUAAAAGUGUAUAGCCUCUACACGUGUGUGGUGGAAUUAACCUAAUUUUAAGAUGGCCAAUGUUAAUGGUUCUACCAACACUGACAGUCAGAAUAAUGAAGAGACAAAAGUAAAUGAGGAGGUCAAUGAAAACGGGAGUGAUACCAACAAGGAAGGAACCCCUGCAAAGGAAAGUGCUGCAGAUGUUAAAGCAGAAGUUAUACUAAAUCCAGAACUGCGGGCUAAAAAAAUAAAAAGACAAAUCGAGUAUUAUUUUGGUGACUUCAAUCUUCCCUCUGACAAAUUUCUGAGAGAAGAGGUGAAGCAGAAGGAUGGUUGGGUAGCUCUUGAGACGAUGCUCAAGUUCAAAAGGUUGGCAUCUCUUACCCAAGAUCCAGCUGUCAUUGUGGAAGCUCUGCUUGGUUCAGAACUUGUGCAGAUCAGUGAGGACAAGACGGAGGUGAGACGAAACCCUGACAAGCCAUUGCCAGAAGAAAGUGAAGCUAGACGCAAAGAGAUAUUGAAACGAACAGUCUAUGUGAAGGGGUUCCCAGAGGAGGGUUUUACCAUUGACAACGCACUCGACUACUUUGAGGAGUUUGGACCCACUGAUGACGUUGUGUUGAGAUUCUGGCAAGACAAAGCCACCAAGACAUGGAAGUUCAAGGGGUCGGUGUUUGUUAAGUUUCCAUCUCGGGAGGCCGCUUCAGCUUUUUUAGCUAGAGAGGAUGUCAAAUAUGGUGAUGAGGUGCUUAUCAAGAUGUUCCAAGAAGAGUACAUCGAACAGAAACGAAAAGAACGACUUGAACAGAAAGAACAAAAGAUGUUGAAGCGAAAGAGGCCAGAAUCCGAAAUGGAGGAUAAGGCAGAUGAGAAGGGACUUCCCAAGAACGCGACUCUGCAUAUGACCAAGAUCCCAGAGGGGCUGGUUCGGGAGACAGUGAAAGAACAACUUGAGGGAUUAGGCAUAUCUGUGGCAUUUAUAGACUACAACAAAGGCGAUUCUGAGGGGUGGAUAAGACUGUUUGAGGAGGGCAGUGCUGAGAAGGUUAUGAAGGAGUGUGAGGAUGGCAUUUUGAAGCUCAAGGAUGGACAGGAAGUGACGUUAAAACCUCUGGAAGGGGAGGAGGAAGAGAAGUUCUUAGAGUCUGCCCGCAAAUCCAUCCUGGACCGUCGAUCUAAACAUAACAAGCCAGGCAGAGGACGACGUGGGGGAGGUAGAGGCAGGGGCCGAGGUGGUUGGGGCAGAGGAAGAAGACAUGAUAGUUCGGGUGAACCUCAGGCAAAAGGAGUCAAAACAACGUUUGAUGAUGAUGACUAAACUACCUGACCAACAGAAACAGUUUUUAAUGAUAUCCAGUAAUUAUAGUUUGUCAAUUAUUUGCAUUAGAACUCCACUAGUUUACAGAUCUCACAUUAAGAUGAGAAAUUGUUACAUUUGGCUUGCCCUACUAUGAUUUCGUAGUUGAAUAUUUUAGUUUCUAAGAAAAGAACCCAACCUUGUUAAAACUUUUUGUUAGCUAAACAAACUGGAUGUAAAUUUUUUUAAAUUGUUAUGACUGAUUUUUUUUUAAAUGCUUUUAACAACUUCAAGUAAUUAGUAUUUGUGCUGUUUACUGUAAAUAUUUGUGGAAUGGUGUUUGUAUGAGAGAUGUAUGUUGAUAAUGUUGAAAGUUAUCAAAGAAAUAAUAUCUUUUAUUUAUUUGA